UGUGCAAUAAUGUAGACAUUGCAAUUGGAGCAAAUAGAAUAUUUUUGUAUAGAAAUAAGUACUAUCAUUUUAACGACUAACCAAAACAUUCAGAGAACUUAAACCAAUCAAGGUCAAAUAGCUCGGAAUAUGAAUGAAUUCAUGACGCGGGUACUGGAAGAUAGAAUCGUUUUGGACAUAAAAUUAUAAAAUGUUUACGGACAAAGUCGUGUUAAUAACUGGAGCUAGCUCUGGAAUUGGUGCAGAAACAGCCGUGGAGUUCGCAAAACUUAAUGCUAAACUAGUUCUUACUGGAAGAAACAAAGAAAAUCUAGGGAACGUUGCCAAACAAUGUGAAGAGGGUUCGAAAAGUAAACAAACACCUUUGGUGAUAAUCGCUGAUAUGAACGUGGAUGCCGACGUAGACAAUAUAAUGAAAAGUACAAUAGAGAAUUUUGGAAGACUAGACGUUCUUGUAAACAAUGCUGGAAUUUUAGAAAGUGGAUCGAUAGAAGCAACUAGUUUGGCACAGUACGAUAGAGUGAUGAACACAAAUGUAAGGGGGCCAUAUUAUUUGACCAUGUUAGCUGUUCCCCAUCUCAUUAAAACUAAAGGUUCAAUUGUGAACGUAUCAAGUGUUACUGGUCUGAGAUCCUUCCCAAAUAUUUUAGCGUAUUGUAUGUCGAAGUCUGCUCUGGAUCAGUUUACAAGAUGUACCGCACUGGAGUUAGGUCUUAAAGGUGUGAGAGUUAACGCUGUAAAUCCUGGUGUGAUUACAACUGGCAUUCAUUUGAAAUCAAGCAUGAAUGAGGAGCAAUACAAAGAGUAUUUGAAAAAGUGUGCCGUCACCCAUGCGUUGGGCCGAGCAGGUGACAGCAAGGAAGUGGCUUCUGUUAUAAUAUUCUUAGCCAGCGACGCAGCCAGUAACAUCACAGGUGCUACAAUACCAGUGGACGGAGGUCGUCAUGCUAUGUGCCCUCGUUAAAAAAUACACAAUAUUGUCAUAUAUUUGAAAAAUAAAAUUACGCUUUUGUUAUUAACGAGUUUUAAUUGACAUAUUUUGUAAUGCAUUUAUAUUCUACGUGUAAAUAAUGUAUACUUAUUAGUAGAAUAGAAUCAAUUAUUAUCAGUUAAAUGAUGCGUCGGAUACACAUUUGAUGAUCUGAAUGGUUGUAUUUGUGAUAGCAGCGGAAGCUUCAAUAAGACCAUUGCUCGUACAA